AUGUUCAGCAGAAUUUUAAUGAAACAGUACAAAAUCAAAGGUACAGACAAUGUUGUAACAACAUUUCUCUGUUACAGUUCUGACUCAGAGCUUGACAAUAGUGCAGAGUUCAAUUCAGAAGUCUUUGCCUCUUUGCCACGGAAUUUCAAGCUAAACCGUUCAAGAUUCUGUGACGAGUUUAAUGCAGAUGCAAGAUCUAGGAGAAGAGAGAGCAUUGGUUUUCCAUCAGCGAGGCUUGAUGAGACUUCUAAUUUGUUACGUAUGAGAGCAAAUCCUUCAUUGGGUAGUUCCGAGCCUAAUCUCACAGGCAGCUGUAAUGACAUCAGCCGGAGACCAAGUUCUUUCUCCCCUGGAACACGCAAAACUGGAAGAAGUUUCACAACAACGAGCUCCAUGCCCUCAGCACACUCGGGUCGACCGUACUCACCGUUUUCCUCGCCAUAUUCACAAGGGUCUGACAGUCCAGUUGGUAGUCCUAGUUUCUACACCUCGUCAAAUAACACAACUGCUGGAGCACAUUUUGCCUUUUCAAAUGUUAGGAAAGCGGAUGUUGGUGGAAGACGUUGGUCAGUAGCAUCCCUUACUUCAUCAUCAGGAUAUGGAACACACACUCCUUGCUCAUCAUCAUAUUCUUCGCUUGCAUCAUCACAAGAAAAACUCCAUCAGUUGCAAAUAGGGUUACCUUACAGUGAUGAAUGCAACUAUGGAGCACAUUUCAGUGCCGAUAGUGAUCAGGAAGAUGACAGUGGAGGUCGAAGGUCACCAAAACCACGACAGAGGUCACGGAGCCUUAGCCCUGGCAGAUCACCUCUCAUUCAAGAAGAUGAACUGCAGUUACUUAAUAACCUUUACAGAGAACGAUUUCCUAAAGCUAUUACACAAAUGGAGGAGAAUCUCAGUGAAUUGAUAGAAGAAUACUCGGAGGAAGGAGCUCUUAGUCACCACAGUUGUGACGGAGUUUUGAACUUUGUCUGGAAUCAGGUACUCGAGGCUGCUCGUGAUCUCCUUAAACAAUCUCAGGAGGGUGCUCUGACAAGUCUGUACUUCUAUGACUUGUCUGACAGAUUGGAAAGACUCCUCUUCGAGGCACACCAGAAAACAGACCAAGAUGCCUCUCCUGUGAAGAAACUUGUGAGGAAGAUGCUUAUGAUCAUGUCAAGGCCUGCACGUCUCCUAGAAUGUCUGGAGUUUAGCCCUGAAGGUUUUUAUAAUCAGUUGGAGGAAGAAGAAAGAGAGCUGGAGAGGAUUCCUGACAAGACUGACAUCACUAACUACGUUAAACUCAAGCUUGGACUUGUUCAAUCUGAAGAACCCAGACCGAACUCACCUGAGGACCCCGAACCUGAAUCACAAUCGAAAUCUUCCAGUCCUAAUUCCACAGCAGGGGAGAUGCCCACUGAAGAAGACUUUGAAUACAUCAAACUUAUUAGCAAUGGAGCUUAUGGUGCUGUUUUCCUGGUGAAGCACAAGCAAACUCACAUGAGAUUUGCUUUGAAGAAGAUGAAUAAACAGCUAAUGCUGCACAGAAAUCAGGUGCAGCAAGUAUUUGCGGAAAGAGACAUACUGACUUUUGCUGAGAAUCCCUUUGUUGUUGGAAUGUGGUGCAGUUUUGAGACCAAGAAGCAUUUGUGCAUGGUGAUGGAGUAUGUCGAAGGAGGAGAUUGUGCUUCGCUUUUGAAGAACAGCGGUCCUCUACCCAUGGAUCUUGCUAGGGCGUACAUAGCGGAGACAAUCCUAGCUGUUGAAUACCUACACAGUUAUGGAAUCAUUCACCGUGAUAUCAAGCCUGACAAUCUUUUAAUUACUUCUUUGGGUCACAUCAAACUCACAGACUUUGGUUUGUCAAAGAUUGGACUCAUGAAUAGCACCACUCACAUGUAUGAACACUCACUGGCCCAGGAAACAAAGCAGUUUACAGACCAACAAGUGUUCGGCACCCCAGACUACCUGGCGCCCGAGGUCAUUCUCAGACAGGGCUAUGGCAAGCCUGUGGACUGGUGGUCUUUAGGUAUUAUCCUAUACGAGUUCCUCAUUGGAGUGCCCCCGUUCUAUGGCGAUACGCCUGAGGAGCUAUUUGCUGAUACGUUGAGUGGUGUUAUUGAAUGGCCAAGUGAAGAUGAGGCACCUCCAGAGGACGCCAGGGACUUGGUAACAAGAUUGCUGGAGCAGGAUCCCAUUGGACGUCUGGGCACUACAGGUUCACACGAAGUAAAAGAACAUCUCUUUUUCACGGGCUUAAACUGGACGGCGUUGUUGAGACAGAAAGCUGAGUUUAUACCUGUCUUGGACGGCGAGGAUGACACAAGCUACUUUGACACUCGUGCAGACCGCUACAACCAUGAGCUUGAAACAGAUGAUGACGAAGAAGAUGAUGAAGAAUUCAACAACUUCUCCAGCGAGUUCAGUAACUUUUCCACAUGUUCCCCCCGGUAUUCCCGUAUCUGUGCGUCCCCGGUACCAUCUCCGGUGCCGUCUCCGGGUGCUUCCCCAGGGCCUUCAUCCCCCGUAUCCCCCAACACCGUGAAGAAAGCAUCUACAGACAGCAAAGACUCGUGCGAGGAAGUCACCACACCGCGCAGUGAUCAGAGUUCCGAGAGCUCCCCAAUGACUGUCCGAAAGAGGGAUGUAACCGAACCACUUCUUCUUCGUUCGGAGAGUCGAGAGAGCGACGAAGAUUUCCGAAGACAACGAAGCGAUAGUGGUGUUGAUUCCGAUAAGCCUCGGAGCAGAACGAACUCGACAAACGAAUCUUUAUCCCCCACGAGGCGUGAUCUGAGCCCGGAAUCCCCCCUCACUCCCCCCACAGUCCGACUACGAAAGAAAGCCUUUUCAGACUUGGCUACAGUCCCUAUCCCGCUGUUAUCGUUAUCGGCGGACGAGGAAAGCCCGACCAAGCCUCCCACGGCCAGCCUUACUGUGGAGACCGAGGACAGGUAUCGGGUGUAUCGAACCCAUUCCCUGCCGGCUGAGAGAGAGCAUAGACUGUCUACUGCACCUAAACUGGAACUGUCUUUGUCUGAUGAUGAAUACCGAGCUUUGCGACAUCAUAUAAAAAGCCCUCCGGGUUCACCCCGAUCCCAGAGUCCUUCACGCUCUCCCAGGAGCCGCAGAAGAGCCAAGACUCUGUCACUCAACCUCCGACCACCAAUCAUAAUCGAGAAAGGUCCGCGUGGAUAUGGCUUUACCUUGCAGGCCAUCCGAGUGUACUUCGGCGAUACGAACUACUACAAGGUCCACCAUCUUGUGUCGAAUGUGGAUCAUGGAAGUGCUGCAUUUGAAUCAGGUCUAAGGCCUGGAGACUUGUUAACCCACGUGAACGAUGAGUCUGUGGUGGGACUUACUCACCGAGAGGUAAUAGAACUUAUUCUCGGCGGUGGUGCAAAGGUGAUGCUAAGCGCUACAGAACUCGCCAAGACUUCUAUCAAGAGAGGAGGUCGGAAACGUGUGCUGUCUGCGAGUAAACAGGUCAGAAAGAAGCUACCUUUCAGACGAGGAAGAAGAGGAACAAUUUCUCCUAACCCCUCCCCUGGUCCUGAAACGGGUGACAAACCGCCGAAAACUAAACCCUUCUGGAAACGGUUUGGACGAAGAGCAAGCCAUUCACUCUCCCCUGGGAAUAGUAGUGUUCGACGGACGAGCUCACUGAAGCGAAUGGUGUCGUCGCCGGACACGAAGACGCAGCGACCUGCUUCGCCUAAACUCGUUUCGCCGUCGUUUGAUUUUCGGGCUCCGUCGGAUCAGUCAUCGUCUUCCGUUAGCAGCAGCCCUGCUUCAUCACCAAGCUCGCCUUGUGCUCAUGGCUUAGGUCGACCAGGAACACUUCAAGGACUUAUUCCAAAGUUACGAGCGGUCCGUUCUCCAAGAAGAAAGUCCUCAACACACGUCCCCGUGUCCCCCUUAGCCAGGACACCUUCGCCAACCUCAGCCUCCCCCUCACAUGGUCACGGGCAUGCACAUCAACCUCGCAGCACUUCUCCUUUGACCUUGCGAGGGUCCCCUGCGUCACCGCACCUGGCUACAAUCACGCCCCAGACCUCGCCGAGGCCUGGCUCGCCGUUGUUAAGGCGCGCGCUUUCGCCAGAGCAUUUCCAUCUCGGUAAACACGAUAAAAAGACGGACUUUCGUACUAGAAAGACUUCCAGAGAAGAGAGGGCUCCACUCGGAAGACAGGACAGCUUUGAGCUGAAGGGACGACAUCAUCGUAAACAUGAUACUAUUUUUCAAGGAGUGCGCUGUGUUCUGGAGCAAGAGAGCUUUGUUGAACGAGCGCGUAGCGUUAGUUUGAAUGAAACUAAGACUCAAAAUAAACUUGAACUCAAGUGCGAGCUGCGGAGACAUUCGGAAGAGGCGCCUAAGACGUUUUUAAAUCUGAAAAGCGAACCAAAGGAUUCUUCUGAGGAGAGAUUAGAGGAAACGGAACAUGACACGAAGUUAGACGAAACCGAGCAUGGCACGAAGUCGGAAGGAACCAAAGUGGACACGAAGUUGGAGGAAACCGAACAGGACACGAAGUUAGAAGAAACCGAGCAUGACACGAAGUUGUGACGACUGACGGUCGUGAUUUUAUCGAUGCUGAAAUGCUCUCUUUUUAAUUAUUAACGAUCGCUGAUCCUGCUAUUCGAUAGAUCUGAGAUCAACGAUCCUUAGUAACUAAACAAGAAUUUGAAGAGAGUUCCCAAGGAAGUGGCAAGGAUGGAGGUCGUAUGUGUCUUGUAAAUAUCUGUAAAUUAAUGUACAUAUGUAAAUAUAAAGAAGAUAAUGUCAUGAAACACUAAUUUAUAAGUCUGAUCAACAAGCUCGAUUUUAGAAAGUAGAGAAUUGCUGUGUACGUUUGCAGAGGUAGAGCUAACGUGGCCAACCUGUUGUUCCCAAGUGAUUAAAAUACAUUUUCUCCGUACAGUAUCUGUACAUUGGUUAGCAGACAAGUGAUGAGAACAGGGGAAUUCAUCAACUAGCUGUGCUAUUUUGAUUACCACCAAAUUCUUUGAACUGACAUUGAGAGAACUGUAUGGAAGUCAUUUAGGAGAAUUAACAUUUGUCGCUUGGGAUUCAAACGAUUGACCGCCCAGUAAGAAGUUACCUGUGGUCACCUUAAAAAUCUACCUUUGUAUUCAGUAACCGAAAAAUUACCCGACUGAAAGUCAAAAAAAAGUUCUUGUGCGAGUAACGCAAACGCAUAUUUGAUGCAGAUUAAAGAAUAGAAUUGUAGAGUAGAUGCGUUAGCACAGUGUAUUGGAAUAGAGUCUUAAGUAAAGUGAUAUUUUAUAACGUAGAGAGAUAUUCUUUGGUAAUUUAAUAAUUUAAUUUUGAGAUCGGAUAUAAUUGAGGAUGGAGUGAUCUUAAUGUUUCCAGAUGUGCCUGUUUUUAGGGCUUGCCACAAGUUGCUCUAGAUUUCCCUAAAAGUUGCCCGAAAUUUCUCAAAAAGUUGCUCAAAAGU